AUGAGUUCUAGCCCCACAUGUCAGCAGAUAGGUGAAGUGGCUCCCUUCAGUUAUCCUGUAUCUGAUAAAGGAGGACUUUAGACCACAAAAGUUUAUGUUGCAACAAAUAUGUUUGUCUUUAAGGAGUCACAAGACUAUUUGUAUUUGUGUUUGCUGUAACUGACUUGCGUUUGUUACAAGCAAAGGAAAAGGUCUGACAGACAUGUUACCGUCAGGCAAAACAGCCAACCAGCUACGAAAGGGUGGAACUGCAAAAACAUGAGAGGGUUGAUCAAGCACCUGGCAGGCCACAGGACUGGUGAACUGCAUUUGUCUUUGCUUUUGCCGCUUAUGGCAACAGCUCGACAAGAUUCCUAUCCUGCAAUGAAUGUGAAUAAGUAUGGUUCCAAGAGUAGAACUCCUUUGAACUGUGGUGUACAUCCUGCUUCUUUUCUUUUACUUGGUUAAUACCACCAUCUAGCUCACUCUAGAGGCACUACUAUCAGUUGGGCUGUGUUCCUAGUCUGUGGUCCUUAGCACUGCCUUAGUUUUUUACACCCAUCAAUCCUAGAAAUUGCUCUUUUAUAAUCCAUUGACAGAAGCUGACAUCUGCUUUGAAACUAGCAUUAUAAAAACACUUCUGAUUUUGGGAAGCCAUGGGAACGGACCCCAGGGUUGGGGAGACAGAAAUUUUGGAUAAAAUUGUAAUAUAUGUAAUAAUGUCUGUCUUACCAGUCCUACACACCAAAUGAUUACAAAUAUACCCAGUGUUAGAGAUUGGCUUUUAAACCACUACACCAUAAGAUACAUGAGCUUACCUUUGUUGCCUGCUGACAGAUAGCAGGUGUGUGUAUUAAAAUAGUAGGGAGGAAUGUGUCCUUUGACACCUUUUUAAAAAGUCCAGUCUCCCGGUCUCCCACCCCCUUUUUCAUUAGAUUAUUCAUCAAUUAAUCAGAUCCCCCCCAUUAAUCCUCAGUGUCCUACGAAAAGGGGAGCAGGAUCAAAUAAGGUCAUCAUUCCAAGGUGACUUUAGAAAAAUUAAUUCCUGCUAAUUAUUUUAUUUUGUAUUGUGAUGACAUGUGGCUGGAACAAAGUAUCUCCAGCUAACACAGAAGUUACAAUGGCCUGAGCUGCCUUAUAUUAAUCUGAUGACAUCCUUCCAAACUAAUUAUGCCAACACUACAAUCUCUUUUUUAUAGAUAGAAAUUCAGUGCCCACCAUGAGCAGAAAAUUGUACAUUUUUUUAUGUGCUGCUCAGAACCCUUGGAACUGGAGUAAGUGGGGAGGACUAUCAAUGCAAAUACAUUGAUACAUUUCUGUUGUACAUUCACUGACUACGUGCCUGUUUGUUUCUCUUAUCUUUCCCCAGGGAUUCAUUACAGCAGUGCCGUUACUGUUGAUGAAGUAAAGGCCUUGGCUGCUUUGAUGACAUACAAAUGUGCUGUAGUGGGUAGGUUUGCACCAAAUGUGAAAAAUACUAGGACGGGCUCAACAGGCUAGGAGGUGGCACUACUGUAAUACCGUAUGGAUGAGAUACUCAGAAGAGUUAAUGCAUAUCUCAGAAAAACAGUAUGCAGUGCUUCUCAGACACUUUGAACUGGGACCCCUCUACAACAUAUAUAUUUUAUAUUUCAUAUUUAAUGUCAGUAUAAAUAUGCAAUGUGUAUUUGAAUAGAAUUUACAUAUAUUUUGGGAGGAAGGGAGGAAGCCUAUCUCCAAAAGGGUUCAUAUAACUGUAAUAGUGUGCUGUCAGCCCAGUGAAAGAAAGUUAUUUCUUGUAUGACACACCCUGGAAUAUGCUGGGACCAACAGUUUUAGAAGCAUUGUAUUAUGUACUUAAAGUACACAAUAGAAGUGUCUUUGUUGGCAUUUCUUGAAUUGAUGGAGUGGAGAUGAUGAAAACAGGACAGAAUGAAAUGGAGAGAAGAUUGGAAUGUUGGAGGAAAUUACCUCUGGCUUCUAUCUUUUGCUUUUCUCUGUUACACAUUUUAUUAAGUUUGUAGCCCACAUGAGCAUAAGAAGCUGCCUUAUACCAAGUCAGACUAUUUUCUCAGCUCGCUGAGUACUAUCUGCUCUUAACUGGCAGAGCUCCCUAGGUGUCAGACAGAGGUCUUUCCCAUCUGUACCCAAGGAAAAUAAAGUCCCAGGAACAAAUACUCAUGUCAGCUUUGUCCCCAUAUCUAUCUGAGCAAUACCAUCCUGGAGCCAACAAUAUCAGCCAUACAAUCAAUGACUUAUUCACAUGCAUGUGUUCUAACAUAAUAUACACUGGCAUCUGCCAACAAUGCCUUUUUGCCAUCUACAUAAGUCGAACAGGUCUGUCUCAAGGCAAGAGGAUAAAGGGACACAAAUUGAAUGUUAAGAAUGGUAACUGGUAUCCAAUGUGAAGUCAGCAAAAUCCUGGGAAUCAUUAUAAAAGUUAUUCAGGGCGUGUGCCUGGUUCGGUAACUUCAUUAGACCUCUGACAAAGUGAGUUGUGGCCCAUGAAAGCUUUUGUAACCAAUUACUAUAUUUGUACUGUGUUUUUCUUCCAAGGAACUCAGGGCGGGAUUCACUAUUCCCCCCACCCACCCACGUUUUACGCUCGCAACAACUCAAUGAGGUAAGUUAGGCUGAAAUACAGCAGGUAGCCAAGAGUCAGCCUGUGUGCUUUAUAGCUGGCUGAAGAGGGGAUUUGAACCUGAUCACUGAAAUCCUAGAUCAAUACGUGAUUGCUAUUCUGUGUCUUGGGUGCUAUAGCAUUCUUGUUUAUGCUGCAACAGAAUAACAUAGCUAUCCCUCUGGACUCCACAAAAUUAUUUGUUGUUGUUGAUUGUGGCAUCAUUAAGUGAAUAAUACUAACAUUUUGUUUGGUGGGUGGUGGACUCUUGGAUACCAGCUUUUCAUCAGAAUGUGUAUCCUGCUAACACAUUUGUUUGUGCAGGUUUAGGAGAUGGCAGCCUGCCAGUUUCCCUUCAGUCCUCGAGAAAUACGUUUGUCCCCUAAGCAAUCCUUCCCUCAGGUUAAAAAACUUGGCUAGCUGUUCAUGUACCAGGAACCGUGUCUAAGUCACCUCUAUUGAAUUAAGUUUGCUGAGCAAUCCCCCAAGGAAUACUUGGCUUACUCUAAUUAACUUGCCAAGAAAAUUAAACUAAGAGGGGAAGCCCUCUGGUCCUCGGGGAAUGUUGUCUUUGUGAAUUGUUUUUCCUUGCCCAAUAAAUCAAGUUUAAAUUUUCCUCGAAGAAAUCAGCUGAGGCAGGAGCUGAACUCUGAGCUCCAGCGGGGAGAGCUCAGCUACUGUGUAUGCAUUCUGUAUUCAUCUUUCUCCUAUUUAUUCUUGGCAGCUAACCUGGAACGGGUUGUGCUGUCAAUUUGGCUGUUGUCUUGACUGUAGCUCUCAUCCUAAGAGAACACUCUUACCAAAGUUGUCAUGUUUGGUUUUCGGUGCUCCUGUGGAUUUUUCCUUGGAAAAGUUCGUUCAUACAACUGAUAUUUUGAUGAAAGCAGGGGCAGACUUUGAUAAUCUUUUGCAAUAUGGUGCCCUGUUCGAGGCCAAAAUUUAGUGCCCCCAAAUGAAUCUUCUCAAACUUACACCCCCUUGGCUCAAUGCCUGUGGGGGGGAACCAUCCACACUGCCCUAAAUCCAGUGCUGGUGAAGAGAAAGUUAAAAUGUUAGAUGAUACAAGUGGUUUAGAUAUGGGUCCUUCUGUAAACAUUAAUAGCAGAAAGGAAACACUGUCCACUUAUGGGACAAAGGACAAGCCUUUCUGAGCAAUCAAAGCUUAUCAUCUUAAGACAUUGGUUCAGUGGAAGGUUAAUCGCUUUUUUCCUACUGUUAGGCAUCCCUAAAACUCUUGCCUUGGAUGUCAGGCUAGACAAACUGAAGUGUGUUUCUCAUUCCACAAUCAUGGCACUAUAGUUGAAUUUCGAAAAGCUUAGAAGCUGGAAAGCAGCAUCCUCAAAGUGCCUUGCAAUAUCCUCAUCUCGGCUACUAUUGAGAAACAACUUACAAUGGAGAAUGCUCCUCGUUUGACCAGACUGAUGCGCUUAUAUGCAUUUAUUAAGCAUGGAGCAAGUGUAUGUCAAUAUUCUGACUAGGCAGUAGCUGACUGAUCAAAUCCACUCUUUUUAUGUUGGGUGAGCUUCCUAACAGAAGCAUCUCACUGGGGCAGAGCAGCUGUGCUAGCUUCCUGUCAGGUAGGUCCUUGCUGCUCUCCUGGAAGGAGGCGGUGAGGUAGUAGAGAGGUUGGCAUGAUGCAAAUGCGCCAGCAGAAGCACUGAAUUGGCUCCGCUAGUAUGUUUGCACAAUGCAGCUCUGCAAUUUCUCCCCUUUCCCUCCUGUGACCAACAGUGAUCUGCUGGGAAGCUAGUUUACCAAGCAAGCCACUUCUGUUCUCUAAUGCACAAAGCUGGCAAAAGGAGAAAAAUUGUAGUGUGUUCAGGUUUGCAAGCAACCAGUUUUCCCUGUACGAGAAUAUCCCUAGCAACGGAUCACAAGUGAUUUAUUCUGGAGGCUCUUGAAGGAAUCUAAUCAAGAGCUGCCAGAACUAUAACUGGAAAUGCAUGGAUCUUUCUCUUAGAGAUGCAAUAAGUAACAUGAUGGGACUCUUCAGUUCUGGGACUGAGUCAAGCAGGAACAUGUAGAACAGCUUUUAUUUUUUACUUACUUUUUUCCUCAUCUCAGCAUUGUUUGCAACAUUAUGACAAUAACAGUGAGUAAAAGAUUAGGCUCUGCCCAAUCCAUGUGCGGAGAGAAAUUACAGAGUCUGAAUAUCCGGUUAUGGGUUGCUAAAAACUUUGAGUUCUUAUCUGUGCUGCAGAACAUAUGCGACAGCAGAUUACAGCUAAUGAAAAUGUGGCCCCAUAAUCAUAGGAGAUAAUAAUAAUAAUAAUAAUAAUAGUAAUAAUAAUAAUAAUUUUAUUUAUAUCCCGCCCUCCCCAGCCGAAGCCGGCCUCAGGGCGGCUAACAACAAUAAAACAGUACAAAAGUACAGCACGAAUAACACACUAAAAUCAUUCAUUAUAAAAUUAAUUAAUUCAAGCCACUGGCAACCAUUGGGCCAGAGCUCCGCGAAGAUUGCCGAGGGAGGGAGUCAGGCUGUGCCCUGGCCAAAGGCCUGGUGGAACAGCUCUGUCUUGCAGGCCCUGCGGAAAGAUGUCAAGUCCCGCAGGGCCCUGGUCUCUUGUGACAGAGUGUUCCACCAGAUCGGAGCCACGGCCGAAAAAGCCCUGGCUCUAGUUGAGGCCAGCCUAACUUCUCCUCUGUGGCCUGGGACCUUCAAGAUGUUUUUAUUUGAAGACCGUAAGUUUCUCUGUGGGGCAUACCAGGAGAGGCGGUCCCGUAGGUACGAGGGUCCUAGGCCGUAUAGGGCUUUAAAGGUUAAAACCAGCACCUUAAACCUGAUCCUGUACUCCACCGGGAGCCAGUGCAGCUGGUAUAGCACCGGGUGAAUGUGAUCUCGCAGCGAAGACCCCAUAAGGAGUCUCGCUGCAGCAUUCUGCACCCGCUGGAGUUUCUGGGUCAGUCUCAAGGGCAGCCCCACGUAGAGCGAGUUACAAUAAUCCAGUCUGGAGGUGACCGUCGCGUGGAUCACAGUGGCUAGGUCAGGGCGAGAGAGGUAAGGGGCCAACUGCUUAGCUUGGCGGAGAUGGAAAAAUGCCGCCUUUGUUGUAGCUGCAAUCUGCGCCUUCAUGGAAAGGGAGGUGUCGAAGAUUACACCCAAACUCUUAACGGACGGUGCUGGCACUCAUUGCGCCUCGCAAGAGAUGGGAGUUGCCCCCAAUCCCAUAUCGUCCCGUCCCAGCCACAGGACCUCUGUCUUCGAAGGAUUUAGCUUCAACCGGCUCCCACGUAACCAUCCAGCCACAGCUUCCAAACAUCUGGUCAGUGUGUCUGGGGCCGAGUCAGGAUGGCCAUCCAUCAACAGAUAGAGUUGGGUGUCAUCGGCAUACUGAUGGCAACCCAGCCCAAAACUCUGGACAAGCUGGGCGAGGGGGCGCAUAAAGAUGUUGAAAAGUGGUACCUUUGGGGAUGGGGAUGUGUGUGUUGGGCAUACUAUUCUCCAUGACAUUCCUCCUCCAUUUAAAAUAUGUAGUUCAGUGCAGUCUUCUGUAUAUAAAUUUCACCUAGUCCUUAGAGCAGUGGUUCUCAAACUCCCCCACCCAAACCAUUUCCAAAUUGCUGGGCAUCUUGGCUUAAUGAUUUUUCUACCUCUUUUAGCAUUUUUAAUUUGCCGUGCUAGACACUGUAUGGUUUUCAAUUUUAUUUUUACUGCUGAUCUCAUUACUUAAAUAUUGUAUUGCAAUUACAAUAAAAUAAAAUACAAUUGAAGAAAUAAAAGCAAUACAAAUACAACUAAAAACCAUACAGUGUUUUUUUUUUCUUAUAGGGUGCCUCAGAGAAAGGAAUUGUACACUCAGGAUUAGCUUUCACCAUGGAAUGUUCAGCCAAGGUAGGUGUCUAUUCACUCAAUAUUUUUCUCUUUUCACUAUUUUCACAGGACAAGCCAUCACUAUCCUACAGAUACCUCUCUAAUAUCCUUCUCUAUUCUUCUAUAACAUUCAUUAUAAUAUCAUCAGAAUAGUGCUCAUUGGCAUUAAUUCCUUGUAACCCACCAUUUUCUAAGUUUUGGCUUAGGACAAGAGUACCGGGACAUGCUAAUUUCUAUUUAUGUUUUAUCUUCUAGAAAAUCAUGGGUGCAGCCACAAGGUAUAA